AUGCUUCAAUACAAGAUAAAGCCAUCCAUGGUAGAGGAGAGCAACGGUAAAGCGGUUCCGCGUAAGGAGAUUGAGGAUCAAAGGCUUAGACUGGUUUUGGUGGACGAGGAGGAGUCGGAUGCGGAAGGGCCGGUGAGCGCGCGGAAGGAGGGAGAGCUGACGGCAGAGGACGCGGCGGAAGACACGGCGGAGGUAACGAUUGCGGAACGAGACGCGGAGACUGACACGGAGACGAAGGAGACGCGGCUCCGCCGAUUCCUCGAUGACUCUGUUGACUGCGUUGACUGUACCGAACCUGCUGAUUGUGUUGAUGGCUCCCGAAUGGGGGACUUACACGCGCCGGGAGCCGUUUCUGCUGCUGUCGCUGCGGAUGCUCCGACCAAGCGCACGCGGAAGAAUGCGCGGAAGGCUCGGGGGAAGAAGGCGGGUAAGAAGUCCGCGGGAAAGAAACAGCGCCACGGCGUUGCGGAGAACGCACCACGAUCACAGCAUGCCGACGCGGCGACGGCGGCAGUCGAGGCGCAUGCUGACGUGGCUUCCGAACCCACAGCAACGAGUGGUCCAAGCGGCUUGCUGGCGUCCCCGCUGGCGUCGGCUGCGGAGUCCGCACCCGCGGAAAGAGCUUGCGCGGAAGCGGAAAGCAGCGCAGAGGGGGACCGCGAACGAGGAUUUGCGACUGGAAAAGCAACGGGCGGACACGACGCGGAGCUCGCGCGAUCGGGAGUGGCGGAAGGCAGCGCGAUGGCGGAAAACAGCGCAGUGGCGGAAAGCAGCGCGGGGACAGGAAACGUGGCGCAAUGCCUGAACGGACAAGGCGCGGGUGCGGCGGACGACGCAGAAAUGAAAGCGGGAACAACACACGAACUUUCUCGCCUUAUCGAGGUGACUAAUAGUGAAUCAUGCGGUGAUGACGUGGAGGAGGAGAUGCGGGCGUGUUUGGCGGGAAUGGCGGCGGAAGAGGAGGCGGAUAUUCGGCUGGAGCUGAAUAAUGUGCUGAUGCUUGGCUCAAGCGACGGAGAAGCGGGAGAGGAGGAAUCUGAGGAGAACUGGGGAGAAGAAAGAGGAGGAAGAAGAGGGGAGGAAAGGAUGGGGAAAGGAGAGCGAGAAGGAGAAGCAGAUGUAGAGUUUCCUAGAGAAGAUUGUGGAGAGAAAGGGGAGGGAGGGAGGCGGGAGACGGAGAAGGGUGAGCGGGGUCCGACUUUGAAUGUUGGUGGAGAAACCGAAGGUGAGGGUAGCGAGCUUGACAAUAAGUUUCUGGAGCUGGAAAUCGACUUGAUUGCCCUGGCGGAAGAGGCGGAAGAGGCGGAAGAGGCGGAGAAGGCGGAGGAGGAGGAGGAAGAAGGGGAAGAUGAGGAAGAGGAGGACGGGGCCGCGGGAAUUGCGGAGGAUGAGGCGGGGGAAGGGAAGGGUGACCAAGAGGAGGAUACGGUAGUGGUUGAUGGAGCGGAGGCGGAAGCGGAGGCGGAAGCGGAGGCGGAAGCGGAGGCGGAAGCGGAGGCGGAAGCGGAGGCGGAAGCGGAGGCGGAAGCGGAGGCGGAAGCGGAAGCGGAGGCGGAGGCGGAAGCGGAAGCGGAAGCGGAGGCGCCAUGCGAAGAUGAUGCGGACGCCUCGGGGAACGCGGCAGAAGCAGAGGCAGCGCCGCCGCAGCAGCAGCAGCAGGAGGAGAGGUAUGAGAAGCAAUCGCACGCGCUGCGCGGCGCGGAGAGCUUCUGGGCUGAUGCCCGUUCUGGAGAAGAGGAAGGAGGGGGAGCGGAGAAUAAGGAAGAGGAAGCGAGAGAAGCGGAGAAUAAGGAAGAGGAAGCGAGGAAAGCGGAGGGUGAGAGGCAAAACGAAGCGAGUCAUUCUCCGGAAGUGAAUAGCGCGGAAUGUAUCGCUGAUGCGCCUUCCUUUCCGGCGGAAGGGGGAAGCGGGGCUCAUCUUGCGGAGGAGGAGGACGCGGAGUGGAUAGCGCUGCUCGAGGAGAGCCUGGCGGAACGCGCGCGGGAGCGGCAGAGGGAGGCGGCGGAACGAGAGGCGGCGGAACGAGAGGCGGCGGAACGAGAGGCGGCGGAACGAGAGGUGGCGGAACGAGAAGCCGCGGAGCUUGCGGGUGGCGGCGGUGUGAAUCCCUUCGCGAUAGCGAAGGGGGAGAACGAGGCGGAGAACGAGGCGGAGAGCGAGGCGGAGUGCGAGGCGGAGUGCGAGGCGGAGUGCGAGGCGGAGUGCAAGGCGGAGAGCGAAGCGGAGGUGGAGGGGGAGGGGGAGGCAGAGGGGGGGGCAGAGAGCGACGGGGAGAGUGAGGCGGAGAGUGAGGCGGAAGAAAUCGAGAUGAUCAGCCCGAGAGGAAGCGCGCCGAGCGGCGAAACUGCGCUCGCCGUCCCGCCGUGUGAGAGGGUGACGGUUGGUGUAGAGGAGAGUGUGGACGGAAGUGACGUGGAGGACGAGAGUGACGUGGAGGAGGACGAGAGUGACGUGGAGGAGGACGAGAGUGACGUGGAUGAGGACGUAAGUGACGUGGAUGGGGAGCAGAGUGACGUGGAGGAGAGCGACGCAGAGGGGGAUGAGAGUGACGUGGAGGAGGAGCAGAGUGACGUGGAGGAGAUCGAGAUGAUCAGCAACCCGCGGAGCAUGGGGGGAAGCGAGAGGCGGAGUGAGAAGGCGGGAGGAGAGUUUGCCGAUGAAACCAAUGGGGCUGACGAGGUGGAGAUGAAGGUAAGGGAAGAGGUGGAAGAGGAGGGGGAGAGAGACGAGGGGGAGAACGAAGUGGGGGAGGAGGAAAACAGGGAUGCAGCUGUGCCUUCGCCCCUCCCUUCGCCACACCAUUCCGAUGCCUCGUGCCGGUCAAGUGGAUCCAAGCAGUCAGCCAAGUCAAUCAGGUCAACGGGGUCAAAGCACUCGGCCAAGUCAACGCAGUCAAUGGGAUCAAAGCGAUCAGCAAACUCUCGGGCCUCACACGCGUCUCACGAAUCCGGCAAGUCAACGGGGUCAAACCAAUCAGAAAGUUCCCAAAAGUCAAUCCAGUCAAUGCACUCCAAGGCGUCAAACCGAGAAGCUGCCGCCCAGCCUUCCACCACAACUGCCGCCCGGUUUGACCCUACCACAGCUGCCGCCCAGCCUGACCCUACCUCCACCACACCUGCCGCCCAGCCAUUCCCUCUCUUCACCACGAUGACGUCACCCACGGCUGCAACUGCUGGUCGUACCGAGCCCUUUUCCCUGCCGGCCGCUGCUGACGUGGCAGUGUUCCGGUUCGGACAAGGAGGAGGAGGGAGAGUGGCAGCAGCAGCAGCAGCAGCAGCAGAAGGGGAAGCAGGAGGAGAAGAGGGAGCAGCGGAGGCGGAGCAAUGGGUCUUUGGCGCCCUCUCCGCCCUCUCCGCCCACUCCGCCUUCCCCCCGCCCAGUCCCUCCACGUCCUUCCCCUCCCCCGUGCUCAGCGCGCACCACCUGCUCUCCGCCUUCCCCCCGCCAUCCCCUGACGCUGCCCUGCGCUUCCUCUGCUCCCCCUCCUUCCCCCCGCCCUCCCCCGGGUGGCCCCUGCGGAAAAUCCGCGUGGUGGGGGGGAACCGGCGCCCUGUCUACUCCCCCGUGCAUAGGCUCAGCAGGGGGGGCGCGGGGGGGGCAAGGGGAGGGGGGGAGGCGGGCGGGAAUAGGCUGGAGGAGGGAGAGGGGAAUGAAGGGGAGGAGGGUGGGAGGAGAGGAGGGAGGGGAGAUGGGGGAGAGGCGGGGGAAGGGGGUCGAAAGAGGAGGAGUGUGAAGGCGAGAUGGAGUAAGGUGGUGUCGGUGCCCGCUUCCAUGUUCACUCGCAACGAGUCAUUCAAGCACCAGGCCCUCUCUGUCACUGUUGGGCCGUAA